UUAGUUUUCUUAGUUCUUGCGGCGAUCGAAGUAUCGUCCACUUCACUAGAACGAAAUUGUGGAGUACCAGCUUCCCCGAGAAGAUUUCGGCGGAUAGUUGGAGGACGUGUUGCUAAUAGAUUAUCGAGUCCGUGGAUGGCUCUAGCUCUAGGAAAUUAUACUCGUUUCUGUGCCGGCACACUGAUCAACAGCCAAUUUGUGUUGACUUCUGGUGUUUGCGUGCAUACAGUGCAGCCUAAAAAAGUGGUUUUAGGCGUACAUGAUAGAAACUGCACGACGGAAAAUUGUUUGUCAGAACAAAUGGAAGUUAAUAUUCACAGAAUUGCUUACCAUCAGUUGGACGAUAAUUCUUCCCCAGUUUCUGAUAUAGCACUGCUUCAAUUGGAAAAUUAUGUUCAUUUCACGGACUAUAUCAGGCCAAUUUGUCUCUUUCCUCCCCCUGAGAAAAGGGAGGAAAAGUUAAAAGACUUUAUUGCCACUGGCUGGGGAAACACUCGAUCGGGCCACCUUAGCAGUGUUCUAAUGACAACCUCUCUCCAACGCUUAAAGCGCAGAACAUGCGAAAGUUAUUUUAACCAAUUUGUUGAUUCCCAACUUUGUGCUGGGAGUAAAAACCACGACAGGGACUCUUGCAGCGGGGAUUCCGGUGGUCCGUUGAGCGCACAGCUAAACCACGGGGGAAAAAAAAGGUUCUUCCAAAUCGGCAUUGUCAGUCUUGGAACUUCCACCUGCAAUGGCAUUGGAGUCUACACAAAAGUGAGUUACUUCAAGGACUGGAUAUUGCAGACCGUAAAUGGAGCUCACUCGAAUUGAGUCGCAUUGUCCUAUAAAAGCUCAUAAGGAUUCGAAUUGCGGUCUUAAAUUGUUUUGGUUUUUCUUGAGUUACUUUGCAAUUAAUACAAUAUUGACAUAAAUAAUACUAAUGGCAUCUGUUAAUUGUUAUACCUGCCUUUA